AUGUUUCGCGCUCCGCUACGCCGGUUACGGCCGGUAACGAUAAACGCCGCGACUAGGAGGACGGUGGCAUUGCCUCGCAGGGCAGUUUCGACGAAUUCUUCGCCCAAGAAGGCAACGUGGAAGGGGUCUGCGGCGAGAUGGGGUGCGGCGGCGGCAGCGCUGUAUUGGUAUAAUACGAGCCCACUCUUUGCGGAUGAUCCUGCGCCCCAAACAAGUCCCGCACCCCAAGGCCUCAACGACGAAGAACUAGUAACGGUCGACAAAGUAAUCGACCGCAAGCGCAAAGAAAUCGAAGCGCGCGCCAAGGAGCGAGAAGCCCGCGAAGCCGCCGCCAAGCAAGCCGAGGCCGAGAAGGAGGCGGCACAACAGGCGGCGACGCAACAAGCCGCAGCGACAGAGGGUGCCGAAUCCGUGCCGACGAGUGAUGGCGAGGAGGGCUCCGCUGCUGGUGCUGCUCCUGCUGCGCCGGGAUCCCCAGAAGCUCUCGAGGAAGAGGCUGGCCAGCAGGGUGCGUUUGACCCCGAGACGGGCGAGAUUAACUGGGAUUGCCCGUGCUUGGGCGGUAUGGCGCAUGGACCUUGCGGGGAGGAGUUCAAGGCAGCGUUUAGCUGCUUCGUGUACUCCAAGGAGGAGCCUAAGGGCAUGGACUGCAUCGACAAGUUCCAGGGCAUGCAAGAUUGCUUUAGGCUUCACCCCGAGGUCUACGGCGCCGAGCUCAUGGACGACGAGGAAGCCGAGGGUGGUGAGCGACCCGCCACUUCUGACGCCCCCGCUGCGGCCGAAAACGUAACUCCCGAGGCCGCCGUCGAUACCAAGUCUGCCGCCGCUCCCGCCGAACUCGAGGCAGCUACUCCUGCUCCCGUGGAGAAGAAGGCCAAACUCGAGACCAAGACGACAGGAGCUGCUCCAGUGAAGGCUGAGAAGGCAGAGACGAAAUCCCAGGAGGUGUCGGCUUAA